CAGCUGUCACAUUGACGUUUCAUGUGUUGACGGCGGUGGCGGUGACUUUCUCGCUCUGUUUGUUGUUGUGUGUUUUCACUGUGAACUGGUAAAUUCGGUGUUGUUUGAAGACAACGAGAAGAAGAGUUCGCCAUGGGCAACGUCGACACGAAGCUGAAUUUCCGCAAGGCGGUUAUUCAACUGACAACGAAAACCGAGCCAAUCGACGCAAGUGACGAUUCGUUCUGGGAGCAGUUCUGGUCGGAGAACGUGAACAAUGUGCAGGACAUAUUCACGCUGGUGCCUGCCACUGAGAUUCGGAGCCUCAGGGAGGAGGCCCCCUCGAAUCUGGCCACACUCUGCUACAAGGCUGUCGAGAAAUUGGUCAAGGCUGUGGACAACAGCUGCAGAACUCAGCAUGAACAGCAAACUGUAUUGAACUGCAUACGACUGCUGACGCGGAUUUUACCUUACAUCUUCGAGGAUUCUGAAUGGAAAGGCUUCUUCUGGUCGUCGCUGCCGGCGCAGAGCGAGAACGAAGACGAUUCCAUCCCUUUGGCGCAAUCGCUGCUGAACGCUAUCUGUGAUCUUCUAUUCUGUCCAGAUUUUACCGUCAUUAAUAGUAGGAAAAGCGGACCGGACAAGGCUGAAGAUUUGAACGCCAUCGACAGUUGCGAGUACAUAUGGGAGGCGGGCGUGGGAUUUGCCCAUUCGCCGCAAAGGCAUCCGCUCCUGGAUUCGCACAGGACCGAACUACUAAAGUUGCUGCUCACUUGUUUCAGCGAGACCAUGUACAAUCCGCCCGUGGAUAUCUCGCAGAGCCCAAACAAAUGGAUUGCUUACUUGACUUCGGCGGAGAACCGACAUGCUCUUCCGAUGUUCACAUCAUUGCUGAACACCGUCUGCGCUUACGAUCCUGUGGGUCUGGGAGUGCCGUACAACCAUUUGAUCUUCAACGAUUCCCUCGAGCCGUUGGUCGAGGCGGCAUUGCAGAUUCUCAUCGUCACCUUGGACCACGAUACGAGCACCUGCAACCCGCUCGAGCCUGGCGAUGAGCACAAUUCACCAGAUAAUCUGUUCAUCAACUAUCUGUCGAGGAUUCAUCGCGAUGAGGACUUCCAGUUCAUAUUGCUUGGAAUCACGAGACUGCUGAACAAUCCUCUGGUGCAAACGUAUUUACCGAAUUCCACGAAGAAGGUGCAUUUUCACCAGGAGCUUCUGGUAUUCUUUUGGAAACUUUGCGACUACAACAAGAAAUUCUUGUACUACGUCCUGAAAAGUAGCGACGUCCUCGAAAUUCUAGUACCGAUUCUCUAUCACUUGAACGAUUCCAGAGCCGAUCAAUCUCGCGUCGGUUUGAUGCAUAUUGGAGUGUUCAUUCUGCUGCUGCUUUCCGGUGAGAGGAACUUUGGCGUUCGUCUCAACAAACCCUACACAGCUACCAUUCCUAUGGACAUUCCCGUUUUUACCGGCACUCACGCCGACCUCUUGAUCAUCGUCUUUCACAAGAUCAUCACGACCGGUCAUCAGAGACUGCAACCGCUUUUCGACUGCCUUCUCACCAUCCUCGUCAACGUUUCUCCCUAUUUGAAGACGUUGUCGAUGGUGGCGAGCACAAAGUUGUUGCAUCUCUUGGAGGCAUUCAGCACACCGUGGUUCCUGUUCUCUUCGCCUACAAACCAUCACCUGGUGUUCUUCUUGCUGGAGAUUUUCAACAACAUAAUCCAAUAUCAAUUUGAUGGCAAUUCGAAUCUUGUGUAUACGAUUAUCCGAAAGCGACAGGUGUUCCAUUGCCUGGCCAAUCUACCGUGCGAUUAUUCGGCUAUAACGAGGAGUCUGAAUAAGCGAUCGAAGACGCCGCGUCCGCUGUCGCAAGCGACGAGCACCGAGAACGUCGCCGAAUUGCCUAUGGAGGGUUCGCACCCGGCGUUGCCCGCAGAACCGGGCACCCUGAAGGCGACUCUUCCGGACACUCCGGGCAUCAUCCAGAUGACGGAACGAGAAAGCGCCCAUCCGGCCUAUCAGCAGAUAGACCAGCACCACAUCACCAAUGGCAUGGCAACUGUGAAUAUCAAUUCUCCGCCCCAGAACACCGGUUUACCCAAUGAGGCCGGAGACGCGUCCGCUGCCGCCUCCGACGACUCCAGACCCGCUCCGUCUAGUUCCCCGCAGCCUCAGACGAAGUUGACCGAAGAUUUGCCGAAGGAAGAGAUGAAACCCGAAUCGCCGAUCAUUCCCAAGCAAACUGUGAACACGAAAAAUAGUUUACGCGUAAUUCCUGCCGACGAGAACAAUCCGAGCGGACUGUGGGUGCCAACCGCCGAAUGGGUACAUUCCUGGAAGUCCAAGUUGCCGUUGCAGACGAUCAUGAGAUUGCUGCAAGUGCUCGUGCCGCAGGUCGAGAAGAUCUGCAUCGACAAGGGUUUGACUGAUGAGAGCGAGAUCCUCAAAUUUCUGCAGCACGGAACCUUGGUGGGUUUGCUACCGGUUCCGCAUCCGAUCUUAAUCAGGAAAUAUCAGGCGAACACCGGCACCACGACUUGGUUCCGAACGUACAUGUGGGGCGUCAUAUAUUUGAGGAAUAUGGAUCCACCGGUGUGGUACGAUACAGACGUGAAGCUCUUCGAAAUCCAAAGGGUCUGAAUAGCAAUUUUUCGCAUCUCUACUAUCAAAUUGGACGCAAAAAAGGGGAUUCUAUUUUCCCUUGCCGAGCGUCUUCAGGCUUAACGUACUUCUCUAUAAUGUUGUUUUUGUUCUUUCCUUUUUGUUUUUAACUAUUUGUGAUUAUUUCUUUCCUAUUCUAUUCUAUUAGUGUAGUUUGUUUUCUUGAUGUAAUUGAACGGCACUCUACGUAUCCUUAAAACAACAAACAAACAAACA